AUGCCAUCACCGCAUGCCAUCACCGCAUGCCAUCACCGCAUGCCAUCACCGCAUGCCAUCACCGCAUGCCAUCACCGCAUGCCAUCACCGCAUGCCAUCACCGCAUGCCAUCACCGCAUGCCAUCACCGCAUGCCAUCACCGCAUGCCAUCACCGCAUGCCAUCACCGCAUGCCAUCACCGCAUGCCAUCACCGCAUGCCAUCACCGCAUGCCAUCACCGCAUGCCAUCACCGCAUCACCGCAUGCCAUCACCGCAUGCCAUCACCGCAUGCCAUCACCGCAUGCCAUCACCGCAUGCCAUCACCGCAUGCCAUCACCGCAUGCCAUCACCGCAUGCCAUCACCGCAUGCCAUCACCGCAUGCCAUCACCGCAGCGCACCACUGCAGUGUCCGGGGGACGCAGCACAAGGAGGUGCGGUGGGGUGGGUAGGGGUCGGACCUCCUUGCGCAGAGUGCCCGGAGGAUGCAGAGGACGUGCGCAAGGAGGUGCAGCUGAUGCAGCAGCUGCGGGGCCACCCCAACAUCAUCGACCUCUAUGAGACUUUUGAGGACAGCAAGUUUGAGGAGAGCAAGCAAGAUCUGCAAGGGCGGGGUGCUUUAUUGUCACUUCGAUACCCUCUUCACCUUUCUCCACCUCUCUUCACCUUCCCUUGUCAACCCCUCCUCUUGCCCCCAUCGUCCCUGCUUGUGGGGCAGCAUGUGCACCUGGUGAUGGAGAUCUGCAAGGGAGGGGAGCUGUUCGACCGCAUCAAGCUGAGGGGGCAGUACAGCGAGCGCAGCGCGGCGCUCGUGUGCCAGACGCUCGUGGAGGCGCUGCUCUACUGCCACUCCAAUGGCAUUGCUCACCGCGACGUGAAGCCGGAGAACAUUCUCCUCAUGCACAAGGAUGACGACACCAAUAUCAAAGUUAUCGACUUUGGCGUCGCCACGCGAUUCAGACACGGCGAGCCUCUCACAGAGCUCGUCGGCACGCCCCACCACAUGGCCCCAGAGGUCCUCACCGGCUCUUACAGAUGCGAGCCCCUGACAGAGUUUGUCGGCACGCCCUACCACAUGGCCCGAGAGGUCCCCACCGGCUCUUACAGAUGUGCAUCUCAUUCUUCCUUGUCCCUAUCCUCUCCUCACCCCUCCCUUACAGGCGAGCCUCUCACUGAGUUCGUAGGCACGCCGUACUACAUGGCCCCAGAGGUCCUCACCGGCUCGUACGGCCCCGAAUCAGAUAUCUGGUCGGCGGGUAUCGUCCUAUACAUCAUGCUGUGCGGCUUCCCGCCGUUCUGGGCGGCGAGCAACGAGGGCAUAUUCGAUGCGAUCCGGCGCAAGGAGGUGCAGUUCAGGUCCGCCAAGUGGCGCACUGUGAGCGAGGACGCCAAAGAUCUUAUAAGGAGGAUACUCGUGAAGGACCCCCGCAAGAGGAUAUCAGCACUUGAGUUGCUUGGUCAUCCAUGGAUCGUGCAAUUUCCAUGGCCGACGCGCGGCCAGCUUCCGACGUCAGGCGGCGCCGGUCGGCGCAUCGCGGUUCCUCCCCUCGCUCCUUACCUCCACCCUUCUCUCCGCUCCUUACCUCCACCCUUCUCUCUGCUCCUUACCUCCACCCUUCUCUCUGCUCCUUACCUCCACCCUUCUCUCUGCUCCUUACCUCCACCCUUCUCUCUGCUCCUUACCUCCACCCUUCUCUCUGCUCCUUACCUCCACCCUUCUCUCUGCUCCUUACCUCCACCCUUCUCUCUGCUCCUUACCUCCACCCUUCUCUCUGCUCCUUACCUCCACCCUUCUCUCCGCUCCUUACCUCCACCCUUCUGUCCGCUCCUUACCUCCACCCUUCUCUCCGCUCCUUACCUCCACCCUUCUGUCCGCUCCUUACCUCCACCCUUCUCUCCGCUCCUUACCUCCACCCUUCUCUCUGCUCCUUACCUCCACCCUUCUCUCUGCUCCUUACCUCCACCCUUCUCUCUGCUCCUUACCUCCACCCUUCUCUCUGCUCCUUACCUCCACCCUUCUCUCUGCUCCUUACCUCCACCCUUUUCUCUCCACCCUUCUCUCUGCUCCUUACCUCCACCCUUCUCUCCGCUCCUUACCUCCACCCUUCUCUCUGCUCCUUACCUCCACCCUUCUCUCUGCUCCUUACCUCCACCCUUCUCUCUGCUCCUUACCUCCACCCUUCUCUCUGCUCCUUACCUCCACCCUUCUCUCUGCUCCUUACCUCCACCCUUCUCUCCUCUCCUUACCUCCACCCUUCUCUCCGCUCCUUACCUCCACUCCACCCUUCUCUCCGCUCCUUACCUCCACCCUUCUCUCCGCUCCUUACCUCCACCCUUCUCUCCGCUCCUUACCUCCACCCUUCUCUCCGCUCCUUACCACCACCCUUCUCUCCGCUCCUUACCUCCACCCUUCUCUCCUCUCCUUACCUCCACCCUUCUCUCUGCUCCUGACCUCCACCCUUCUCUCUGCUCCUUACCUCCACCCUUCUCUCUGCUCCUUACCUCCACCCUUCUCUCUGCUCCUUACCUCCACCCUUCUCUCUGCUCCUUACCUCCACCCUUCUCUCUGCUCCUUACCUCCACCCUUCUCUCUGCUCCUUACCUCCACCCUUCUCUCUGCUCCUUACCUCCACCCUUCUCUCUGCUCCUUACCUCCACCCUUCUCUCUGCUCCUUACCUCCACCCUUCUCUCCGCUCCUUACCUCCACCCUUCUCUCUGCUCCUUACCUCCACCCUUCUCUCUGCUCCUUACCUCCACCCUUCUCUCUGCUCCUUACCUCCACCCUUCUCUCUGCUCCUUACCUCCACCCUUCUCUCUGCUCCUUACCUCCACCCUUCUCUCCUCUCCUUACCUCCACCCUUCUCUCCGCUCCUUACCUCCACUCCACCCUUCUCUCCGCUCCUUACCUCCACCCUUCUCUCCGCUCCUUACCUCCACCCUUCUCUCCGCUCCUUACCUCCACCCUUCUCUCCGCUCCUUACCACCACCCUUCUCUCCGCUCCUUACCUCCACCCUUCUCUCCGCUCCUUACCUCCACCCUUCUCUCCGCUCCUUACCACCACCCUUCUCUCCGCUCCUUACCUCCACCCUUCUCUCCUCUCCUUACCUCCACCCUUCUCUCUGCUCCUUACCUCCACCCUUCUCUCUGCUCCUUACCUCCACCCUUCUCUCUGCUCCUUACCUCCACCCUUCUCUCUGCUCCUUACCUCCACCCUUCUCUCUGCUCCUUACCUCCACCCUUCUCUCUGCUCCUUACCUCCAUCCUUCUCUCUGCUCCUUACCUCCUCCCUUCUCUCUGCUCCUUACCUCCACCCUUCUCUCUGCUCCUUAUCUCCACCCUUCUCUCCGCUCCUUACCUCCACCCUCCUCCCCCUACGCCUCACCUCCUUCGUAUCCUCUCUCGCCUCUCCCAGUCGACCAUAUGCAGACGACAAGGAUCGAGACCACGCGGCCAAGCCACGGGACCACCACCACGCGCCUGCCACGUCAGCCGCGGGUUCUGCUGCCACGUCAUUGGGAGGAACUGGAGGCGGGCUAUCAGCGGCUUCUGCUGUGGGUCCACCUGGGUUCUUGUUCCCUGCCACCGCUGCCACGUCAUCUGCAUCUGGGGGGGUGCGCCCAUCGUCACCCAACGUCUGCCCGCCUUCGCCUCUAACCCAGCAGCAAGCCUCUGUUGCCUCUGAGCCGACCGCAGCAGGAGCCAUGCAAGCAGCCGGCAGUGCAGAGCUGGUGCCGCCGAGACCCCAUUCCGUCUCCACCCAGUCUCCUCUGGCACCACUGCCGCCUGCGUCAGCUGCAGCGUCCCAGCAAUCCCACCAGCUGCACCAGUCCCAGCAGGCCCACCAGGCACAGCAGCGGCACCAGGAGGAGGUGCAGAGAAUGCUGGCGGCAAAGCGGGCAGCGGUGCAGAGAGCAAGGCAGAUGGGCGCCACAGGCCACUUCAAGCCGUGCGACUCCAUGUUUGGGAACUCCCUCGUUCCUGUGAUUCCAUUCCAGCAACCUUAG